ACCGUGCUUAAUGUGUAUAGUGUAUUCUAUUGCGGCUUACGGUCGAGAAGUGUAUUAUUAACAGUUGAUGUAGAAUAUAAGUAUUUUUUAUUCUUGAAUCGUUAGAAAAACCCCUGAGAAACUUUGUAAAUAUUAUAAUUUCUUCGUUUAUUUUGUGCACAAUUUCCAAUUGAGUAUUUUUUACUUUGACAAGAUCUCGAGCGAGAUUAAUACAUUGAAUUUAUGGCGAUGACUACACAGGUAAAGGGAAGCGGUUGGCCGCGAAGGGCAAGCAAUAGUUCCUUUGAUGGAAAGGAAUGGAAACCAAAUCCAUUGGUCACUAUCAACAGAACUAUAAAUUUAUAUCCUUUGACGAAUUACACAUUUGGAACAAAGGAGCCUCUAUUUGAAAAAGAUCCAUCCGUCCCGGCAAGAUUUCAACGAAUGAGAGAUGAAUUUGAUAAAAUUGGAAUGCGCCGCAGCGUGGAAGGAGUUUUAUUAGUUCACGAACACGGAUUGCCUCAUGUUUUACUCCUUCAGCUAGGAACUACCUUCUUCAAAUUACCUGGCGGAGAACUGAAUGCAGGUGAAGAUGAAGUUGAGGGUCUAAAACGACUUCUUACUGAGAUUCUGGGUCGACAGGAUGGUGUAAAACAAGAAUGGCUUAUUGAGGAUACCAUAGGAAAUUGGUGGAGACCCAAUUUCGAACCUCCACAAUACCCUUACGUACCGCCGCACAUUACAAAACCAAAAGAACACAAAAGAUUAUUCUUAGUUCAAUUGCAAGAGAAAGCUCUUGUUGCAGUACCCAAAAAUUACAAACUUGUAGCAGCGCCAUUAUUUGAGUUGUAUGAUAAUUCGCAAGGCUAUGGACCAAUAAUUUCUUCACUUCCACAAGCACUUUGCAGAUUCAACUUCAUCUACAUGUGAAAAGAAGAAAAGAGAUUGUGAACUAUACUUAUUUUAUGAAAGGAUACUAUAGAUUAUAGUAUCUCACACUGAAUUCACUGUGACAGAAUUGAAUGAUACAUUCAAUAUUUUUUAUGAUAAAUAAUAGCAUGAAAUUUCUUUCUUUAAUGUUUUUUUUCGUUUCAUGUACCCUAAAUGAUCAUAUUAUUGGAAGUUAUCUGAAAGCAAUUAUUCAGUUACGAUUAUAUAGAAGUCGGAAUGGAUAUAAGACGUGAGAGGAGUGCAAUUUUGAUAAAGUAUAUGAUGUCAAUUUGAAAUUGUAGUUCAUAAAAAAACAGACUAAAUCGAGUCAGAUUUAUCUGAAUUCUAAUUAAUUUUUGUACAUUGAUAAGUAAAAUUCAAUAUAAUUUAAUGAAAAUCCAUAGAAAUUAUACAUACAAGCCAUAAAAAUGGUAUUUUCCACAGUGUAUUUUCUUAACCUUCAGAAGACUGAUAUUUCCUUUUUAAAUUCAAUAAUUUUUAAUUGCAAAUUUUUGUAUGCAAAAAACGUCAAAUAAAACCGGUCCGUUUUAGGACAUUCUGCCCUUUCUAUGUGUGUAAAAAAAUAAUGUUUAUUUAAUAAUAAAGAGUAAGAUAAGUUAAUAAUGUA